AUGGAAAAUUUAUCGUUUAUCGAGUCUCGGGUCUUUUCGGACCGUUCUAAUCGUCUGAAAUGUUUAAUUGGGCAUAGGAAUGUUCUUAAAGUACUCGGGCACCAGUGGACCCGCAGGAGGGACCCUCAAAGGGUCAAGCGAACUCGGACACUCAUGGGAAUCAUGGGCCCUAAACGUGGUGGCACUCAUAGGGGAAUUCAACGGGCGUCCCGACUAAGAGGACUUGAUCCUUCUCCUGAGCCGGAGAACCCUCCGAUUCCAGGUCCGGUACUGGAACAUGUUGAGCAGUCUUAUGUAGGAGGUCUAGCAGGAGUUGUACCGGUGAUGCCCACUCCGUCGAUUGAUCCAAAUUUUCAGCAGACACUGGAGUUAUUGACCCAGGCCUUAUCCAGGACCGGGCAACCCAGAGAUGCAUCUUUGACAUAUGCAGAUCAGGCUAAAAGGAUAAGGGUAGUGGAAUUUAAUGGUGAUGGUGAUCCCGCCAUGGCUGAAGAAUGGAUAGAGAUGGAAAGAAUUAUGGAUGUGAUGGAUGUCCCACAGGAGCGCAGAGUGGUUUUGGCUACCUUUUUCCUUUCCAGAAAUGCAAGGUACUGGUGGGAGUCAGUCAGAAGACAAUAUCAGGACCCAUCGGCCAUCACAUGGCAAGUUUUUCGGACUGCCUUUGUUGAGCAGUUCUAUCCUUUAGCCUACCAAAAUAUGAAGAUGGAGGAGUUCCUUCAACUUGAACAGGGCAUUAUGACGGUGUUAGAGUAUGAGAAGAAAUUCAAUGAAUUGUCCGAGUACUGUGCACCGCUUGUGGCGGAUGAAAGAAAGAAGUGUCAGCUGUUUACCAGAGGAUUAAAGACAUCCAUCCGUGACAUCGUAGUGGGACAGCGUUUGGCCAAUUUCGGAGAUUUGGUGAUGUCUGCCUCAUUAGUUGAAAGCAGUCAGAUGAUGGUCCAAAGACGAAGUAAUUUCCGUAAACGACAAUAUGACAUGGGUGGUCUCAGUCAGGGGUCAUCCAAGCGAGGUAGUUUCAGUUCUGGAUCGUCCAGUGGUCAUAGCUGUGGAGGUUUUCGAGCUGGAGUAAGCUCCAGCGGAGGGUCCAACCAAAGUGGGAGUUCUGAUUCCGGAGAUAGCACAUCUAGUGGUUCAGGGAGACAGCUGCAGCCAGUUUUUAGUGGGAGGAAUCGCUCCCAGUGUGCUUUAUGUGGCAGGUUCCAUACCGGGCCUUGUCAGCAGGGCAUUACUGGGUGCUAUCGUUGUGGUCAGUCGGGGCAUUUUCGAAGGGAGUGCCCGAUGCUUCUGCAGAGUAGAGAAAUAUCCACUGGUCCAACCCAGGGGACGGGUGCACAGAGCAGAGUACAGAGUACAUCACAGAUUGUGGGGGCGUCAUCUAGUUGUGGGGCCCAGACUAGUAUGGCUAGCAUAGGUGGCAGACAGCAUAAGGGAGACGACUGUUUCGGAGGUAGCAUAUCCAAAGGUUUAGGGAGACAGCUGCAACCAAUUUUUAGGGGGAGGAAUCGCUCCCAGUGUGCUUUAUGCGGCAGGUUCCUACCGGGCCUUGUCAGCAGGGCACCACUGGGUGCUAUCGCUGUGGUCAGUCAGGGCAUUUUCGAAGGGAGUGCCCGAUGCUUCUAG